UGUUACCUCUGGCUGGCUUGUCAACCAUCAACUCCAGCACCUGGGAGAUGAACUUGGGGAACAAUUUCAACCAACUGGAGGAAGUUGGAGGAUCGCUGAAGUCGUCGGAGAGUAGCACUACUCUGUAUUCUGCUCAACCUAGUCGCGGACGUCAUGUUCAUGCAAAAAAUUUCUUGAUAGGUAGCAUAGCCGGCCUAGAAGGUUCUAUGUUGGGAAGCAAAGAACUAACCCGGAUAUUUCCAUCAAAGACUGUAGGGGUUCAUGUUGUCACCUGGAACAUGGCCAGUCAAAAAUCACAUGUAAGCGGGUCAAUAGACUCCUAUAAGACAAUGCAGAAAUACCCCGAAGACCUAGCAGAUCUAUGCUAUCCAAUAUCCAUAUGCGAGUCUGCUGGCAUCUUUGCCAUUUGCCUUCAAGAAAUUUCUCCAGAUAAGAAUGAACUGCUUAUUCGCCUUCAAGCAACGUUGGGACCUCGGCACGUGUUGUUCAGCUAUGCGUUUCAGGGCACGUUGGGUCUACUCAUUUUCCUGUCAAGAGAUCUCAUCUGGUAUACAUCAGCAAGCAGUAUUGUCGAGCAGAUAAGUGAAUCAUACUCUGUGUCUACAUUAAGUAUUCUAUUUCUGAUAAGUCUUCAAACAGACUGCUUUCUUUGUAUAGUUCCCCAGUCAACUGGUAUAACUACAAGGGCAAACAUACGGACCAAAGGAGCGGUGGCAAUUUGCUUUAUCCUCUUCGGAACGUCACUCCUUUUUGUCUCCAGCCACUUCAAAGCUAAUCCCGGCAACUUGGAUUUGCGCAUACAUGACUACAAAGAAGUUGUCAGAAGCUUGAAUCUGCCCAAAGUAGGAUUGGAACGUGGUUACCGUCAAAAACAUAAAUCAACUUUGGAUAGAUUCGAUGCAGUAUUCUGGGCUGGAGAUUUGAAUUUCCGUUUACAAAAAACGAGACGUCAGGUGGAAAACAUGCUACGCACAGAAAGAAAAAGCAGCGUUUUUGACCAUCUGCUCAACUUCGAUGAACUUGUCUCAACACAGCUGAAAGGUCAAGUCUUUCAGCAGUUCGAAGAAGGGCGUAUAAGGUUUCCACCGACCUACAAGUAUGAUAUCAAUUCGGACAAUUUCGACACUUCUGAGAAAUGCCGUGUUCCAGCUUACACGGAUCGAAUCCUGUACAAGGUUCAAAAGAAAGGCACAGUGUGUUGUUUGCAUUAUGAUUCGAUACGGACAAUCCGAUCUUCCGAUCAUCNACCAGUUUAUGAAAACAAAACGUCUGUCUCAAGCCCGGAUGUGACAACGUUGCUCUGGCAGCUGGUGCAUUCCAUCGAGAUAUCUAUAUAGCGGGUAACGAAAGAAGAGCUCUUCACUUCGAUUUGAUUCGUCCAAGACCCAAGGCCAGAACAAAGCUAUGCUCAGUGCAAUAGUAUAUUCGAACGUUACCACUUUUUUCAGCCUGCAAACCUUUACAAAUCUCGCCUCAGGUACUAACAAAUACAAGAUUUUUCUACGAAAC